CAGAAAGGCGUAGAGAUGCUCUGCAGCUAAGCAGAGUGUGUGAUGGUAAUGGAGAGAGCGCAGUGCUUGUCUUGCACGAUCUCACAAGUGCUGAUCUGUCUUUCUCCUCCGUAAUUGCUGACAUUUUGUCAGAGCCACUGUAAUUAUCAUAUUACUACAGUAAUUAUUACUGUUCGGAGCACCAGGCUUCCAGCGCUGUGGAUCUCUAGCUGCUCAGUGGAAGUCAUGGAUGCUGUGGGAGGCUGAACAGACACCAGCGUGAAGCUACACUAAAACAUAACUGCUGCUACUCGCUGAUCCUGUCUUUAAAAAAAAUAUCCAGGAUAAAAAAAUACUUUUUUCAUAAAGAAAAAAGGAUUUCUGUACUAAGAAGGAUUUACAAGAAGAGUUGGAGCAUCAUGCACGGGGGUACAGGACUACAGCCAGCAUCCCCAAGCCCCCUGGACCUGCUCACAGACUCCAGCCUGCAAGAUAUGUGGUGGCUUUUAGGCUGAAGGGGAGGACAAAUAAAUAAAACAAAAAUAGAAAGCUUUGCUGGAGGUGGGGCUCGUGAGGAGUCAGAGGGACCAGAUGCUCCUGGGAAUGAUGGAGAUGUUUCUACUGCAGCUGCUUCUGUUGACUCAGGUGCCACUGGGCUCUGGAUUCAGCACUUCUAUGUACCAGAGGGCAGAAUCUACCAGCCAAUCUGGGAAUGGGGAUCUGGAAGGAACUUCAAAGACCACUGGACUCCCAGGUGUGACCUGGUCAGUGACAGAAGAGCCCACUGCCAGGAGCAUCCUGGCCAGCACCCCCACAGUAUCUUCUGGGGUCACAGUUCCCACCCACUCCAGAGAGUCAGAGAGGUGGGACACAGACAGCUGGGAAGCAGCAGAGACCUUCCUGUACAGCGGAGACUCCAGCCGGCUGGCCUUGGCCAACUGCACCCAGCGACACCGCCUUCAGGGGUUGAGGGGCUCCCCCAGUGCCAGUCUGCAGCCUUUCCUGCACAGUGCUCUGGACACCCUCACCCAUGCUGCAAACUUCCUCAACAUGAUCUUCCAGGCCAAUGACAUCCGCGAGUCCAGCGUGCGCGAGGACAUCGAAUGGUACCACGCGCUGGUGCGCAGCCUCCUGGAGGGUGACCCCAGGAUCUACCGUGCUGUGCUGACUUUCGAUGCUCAGCCCACCUCAUCACGGCCCCAGCUGGUCCUCCAAGCCACUCGCGAGCCAGGCCCUGGGGACAUUCUCCUGCAGGACCUGUCCUCUGCCUGGGAGCAGCUGCACACCCUUGCCAAUGGCUCGGACUGGUUCACUGCGCUCAAGUUUGCUGAGGGCCCUCCACCUGCCAGCUUCCUGCACAAGCGCAUCCUCCGCAAUGACCUGCACACUCUGGACACACCCAAGUGGAACCGGGGGGACAGCUACAUCAUGGACCAUCGCCACGUGCACUGGGCAGAAGCCCCCUUCCUGGAGUGCCAGGCAGGCAAGUUUGUUCCUGGCUGGAUGCUCUCUCUGUCAACCUCCUUCUACGGCCUGAAGCCUGACCUGAGCCCCGAGUUCAGGGGUGUGAUCCGUGUGGAUGUCAAUCUGCAGAGCUUCGAUGUGGACCAGUGUGCAGUGGGCGAGGACUGGUUUUCCAACACACACCAGUGCAAUCGCACCAGCAUGGAGUGCCAGGCCCUGACAGGACAAGGGUUCCGUCUGGGGCAGUACCAGUGUCGCUGCAGAGAGGGCUACUACAGCUCCACAGGACAGGACUCACGUGGCGAGGAGCCAGGCAACAGCAGCCGCGUGUCUGCGGACGGGCGCCCCCAGAUGCCUGUGUGCCUGCCCUGCUGGCCAGGCUGCCUGCGCUGUGAGGACGGCUCCCCCUGCAGUGUGCAAGAGGACUGGCUCCUGAGGGCCGCAGUGCUGGCAGUGCAGGCCUUCUUCAUGCUCCUCAUCUUCAUCAGCAUGCUGGUGGCGUACGAGUUCCGCCAUAGCAAAAGGAUUCGUGCCUCAGGCCUGCUGCUGCUGGAGACCAUCCUGUUUGGCUCACUGCUCCUCUACUUCCCCGUGUUUAUCCUGUAUUUCAAGCCCAGUACUUUCCGCUGUAUCCUGAUGCGCUGGGUCCGACUGCUGGGCUUUGCGAUCGUCUAUGGAACAGUCACGCUCAAGAUGUACAGGGUUCUCAAGGUGUUCCUGUCGCGCACUGCUCAACGCGUCCCCUACAUGACCAGUGUGCGUGUGCUGAGGAUGCUGGGAGUCAUUGUGUUACCAGUUACCUGGUUCCUGGCCGCCUGGACAGCCAGCGCUCUGCAGAACAUGGACCGCAAUGUGCCCAUGCUGGUGAACUCGCGGACCCAGGAGGGGCUGAGCUUCAGUGUGUGUGACCUCGACCGCUGGGACUACAUGAUGGCUGUGGCGGAGCUGCUGUUCCUCUGCUGGGGCAGUUUCUUGUGUUACGCAGUGCACACAGUGCCCUCGGCCUUCCACGAGCCUCGCUACAUGGGCAUCGCCAUUCACAAUGAGAUGCUGCUGUCUGCUGCUUUCCACCUGCUCCGGUUCAUAAUGCCCUCGUUGCACCCCGACUGGACGCUGCUGCUGUUUUUUACACACACUCACGUCACCAUCACUGUCACUCUGGGUCUGCUCUUCAUCCCAAAGUUCCUGCAUGCAAGGCGGCCGCUGAGGGAAGAGAUCGCAGCGGAAGUGUAUGAGGAUGAGCUGGACCUGCGGCGCUCCGGCUCCUACUUGAACAGCAGCAUCACGUCCGCCUGGAGUGAGCACAGCCUGGACCCAGACGACAUCCGGGAUGAGCUGAAGAAGCUGUAUGCCCAGCUGGAAGUCCAUAAGACCAAAAAGAUGACGGCAAAUAACCCCCACCUGCAGAAGAAGCGUAGCUCCCGCAGGGGUCUGGGACGCUCCAUCAUGAAGCGCAUCACCGAGAUCCCGGAGUCCAUGAGUCGGCAGUGCAGCCGCGAGGACAAGGAGGGCUCGUGGGGCGGAGGUGGGGGCAGCCACCCAGGGUCCUGCAAGAAGAAGGCCUUUGAGUCGAGCAGCUCCAGCAUGAAGGUGAAGGAGGACUCCAUCAAGCACCGCGUGUUCUCCCUGCGCAAGUCCCACAGCACCUAUGACCACGUCCGGGACCACAGGGACCACCACCCACGCUCCGUCGACACCAAGGACCCCUCACUGCUAGACUCUCUCAUGAGGAAGAAGCUGGCCAAGAAGGCUUCUGAGCGCUCUGACUCCGAGUCUGUGGAUGCUGCUCCUCUUGUUUGCAAGUCUGCCAGCGCUCACAACUUGACAGCAGAUAAAAAGCUGCUCCAGCCAAAGCCUACCAAGCUGCAGAAGUCCCUGAGUGUCAUCACAGGCAGCAGAGACAGGACCCACCUCCUGCCUAGCAAGACCUGCAGCCUGGAGGACACCUCACAGGACCUGGAGGGUAGCAACACACAGGGAAGGAGUCUUUCCGACUCAGGCUCAGCACUGGAGACGUCGCAGUUGCUACGGUCAGAAGAGAUUCUGCCAAGGACAGUUAAUGCUCUCCUCAAGGAGAAGUUUGACAAGGCAGAGGUCUGCCCCUGGGAGGUAGAAGACCAGCAUCCUGAGGGCAAAACCCAGAAGCACGUCACCUAUGCUCUUUCAAAGAACGAUACCAACGGAGAAACAGGCAGGCAGCGAAGCACAGUAGAUAAGAACGAGAUCUGCCCCUGGGACUCCUUUCAGCCUCAGUCCACUGGAGAUGUCUGUGCCAGGGAGGGUGAGGGCUUCUCAAGCAAAAGCCAGAAGAAAGAGAAUCUAGAGGGUGUCAAAGAAGGUCACACAACUGGAGAGAUCUGUCCUUGGGAUUUCGAAAUGGAUGAUGUGAAAGCCAGGGCCCCGAUUUCGUCCAGCGCCCCAGGCUCUCCUGUUACUAGCCAGGGAAGGAACAAGGAAUCCAGGGGCUUUUCCUACAGGGGACCUCCCAGAGGGUUUGGACUUUCCAUGAAAGGCCUGGUGGGGCCAGGGAAAGGAAGCUUAAAGGCGAAGGCAAAGAAAAGCACAGAAAAGAAAAAGGAGAAAAAGGAGGAGGCUGGGAAGAGCAAGGAAAAAGGAGCUGAUUCCCCUGCAGCUCCCAAAACUGAUCCUCAGGCUAAUAAAUGUAGGCAAAGGACUCCACCUGGUGGGGAGUCUGAGGGACGACUGCAGACAAACAGCAAAACAGUAAUUGCACACCCAGGAGACACUCAAACUGCCAGGCCAGCUGCCCCAGUGCACAAAGUCUCUCCCAGUGACACUGAAGCUGGAGUCCAGAAUAUGAUAGGAAAACCAGGUGAAUCCCAGGACGCAGUGUGCUCUUGGGAGUCUGAAGAGCCUGGAACAAGCAGCCAUGGUACCACAAACGCAGAGGUCUGCACACAAGAUACCAGUGCAGACCCUUCCAAUCUGAAUAAGCAGGAAACUGGUGUCAAGAACAAAAGCCAAUUUGAAAGGCAGGAGAGUUCAGUGAAAGAUGUUUGCCCAUGGGAUGUUGAUGAAAACAAAUCCUUUGUGGUUAAGCAAGAGGCUAUCAAAUUGUCAGAAGUUGUGUGUCCCUGGGAGCGAGUUGAGCCUGCCAGCAUGACAACAAUGAGACACAAGAGCAAACUGGCAGAAGUCUGUCCCUGGGAGACUGAGGAAGAGAAACCAAGUCUUCAAAAUCAAGAGAGAGAAGUUUCAGAAUUGAGGAAUCUGGCUGGACAGCAUGUACCAGCACUGAUGAGCAAGGGUCAAGAGAGCACAUGGGCUGACAUCUGUCCAUGGGAUGUGCAAGAUGAGAAGCCAGCACUCCAGAGCCAGGUAAACCUCAAAGCCUCUAAUAGAGUGUGGGAGAGAGCCGAGGGCCCAGGAAGCAGUACAAAGAGUUCAUUGUCAGAGGUUUGUCCUUGGGAGAUCGAGGAAGCAAGGACAAAUCUUGACAGCAACAAGACUUCCAAGGUCUGUCCGUUAGACAUUCCUGAACCAGUGACCAACACCAAAAAACAGUGUGAGAAAACAGCAGUGGCACUAAAAAGCAUUGUAGAGGAUGUGUCUUCCCUGGAUGUGGAGGAACCAGAGGAAAUGGCAGAAGACAGAAAUAAAAGCACUGGGGCUGUCAAACAAAAGGAACUCCCUGUGCCGGCCAGGCAAGGCAGCAAAUGUGAAGAUGUCCGGAAACCUCAGUCCAAUGGCAAGGCCCCUGGCAGGUCCAGAGAGACAGACUUGGCUCUGUGCCGCAGAGAUGCGCUGUGUCCCUGGGAGAUGAGGCUGCCCCAGGAUGACGACAUAUCAGACAUUCUGCCUAGUGAGGCCAUGGACACUCCUGAGGAACAGACUGGCCAUGUGGAAAGAGCUGCUGAAGACUGCCCAUGUGGAUCUGGGACGUCAGAGACAGAUGAGCCUACAGACACAGAUCCCGUUACACCGAAAAAGGCUGAUGUCAGUCCGAGGGAACUGGAGUAAAAAUUAACCUUGCCUGCCAGGCCUGGGUCUAGAUAGUAAUAAGUUUGAACAGAGCUCUGGAUUCAUAUGAAAUGCACUUAAUUUGUGGAACAAACAACCCGGGUUCUGCUCUAUAUGCAAUACCAAUGGACUGCAGACUGGAUCUAUUGUCACUGCCCACUAGGGUGCUUCUGUUUCUCCCCCCUCAGAUGGAAAAAAAGAGAUUCUGUCUAUUCUGAACACAUGGAUUCUCAUCACAGCUAACUCUUCUAAAGGUCUGGAUGUUCUCUCUUAUUUCAGUCUGCCUUCAGACAUAUGUACAGUAAUAUCAUACCCUACUGUAAAAACUUUCAGCAGUAAUAUAGUCAAGCACUAUUUCUCAUAUUACCUGUAGAGGAAAACAUGGUAAAAAGAAUGCAGUUAAGAAUAGUAACAAAUGCAGCAAUAUUUACCAAGGCAAGGAUUAACAUUUAGGAUAUUAAUUAGAGUAUAUUAUUCCAUCAGUGUAAUCUAACAAAUGUCUUAAAAA